CUCUCCUGUAACUGACUGUGACUGUUUUUACACCUUCCUUCUAAAUAAGGCAGCAGGCUGCCAGGACAUAUGACCACCGUCCCGAUUUGGGUUCUGGACACAGUAUCCAUCCAUCCAUCCCAUGAUUGCUCAACGCCAAUGAAACACACACACACACACACACACACACACCCUCCCCUCUUGCAGGUCUCCUAUGUGAGGAAGAGCUGCAUCAGGUCAGCCACAAUUAGCCAGAGGAAGACUGAUAAAGUAGGUUAGAUAACCUUCAAAAUAAAAGCACAAAACGUCUCAAUUUGGGGAGAAUUUAUUUGACAUGAGAUUUUAUGUCCAUUCAUAUGCAUUUUGUGACAUGAAAAUAACAUUUAGGACACAAUACCAUGUUUUUCUUUUCUUAGUACCUUAGUUCCUAAACCUUAAUUUAAAAUUUAGACCUAUCCUCAACUUAAAUACAGUCUUUUUGGGCUUAACUAACAAGAACUUUCUCAGAAUUACAGAACAGUCUGUAAUUCUUUUGAUUAACUGCCUAUGAAAUGUCAAGAUAAAAGACUUCAAAUGUCUCAUUUUGCCUGACCAACAGUCAGAAUGUCAAAAGGAUUCAGUUUAAGCUCUUCUGUGGACAGCUGGUUGUACAAACCAAAGCAACUGUAAGACUCCCUCCUUUGGGCUCUGGGAAUUUUUUUUACUGUUGUCUGACAAAUAAAAUAAACAAUUACUCAAUUAAAUGAAAUAUAAUCAGUAAAUAAAUCAAAGUUAGUUGCAGUCCUUGUGUUUUAAUUAGCUGUUUUCCACCUCAUUUACCAAACUUUUAAUAUAAAUGUACAGUACAUAUUGCAUCCUUUGUAUUUAUUAUCGAUCCAUCCUAAACUUAGUUUUAAUUACUAUCAAUUAAAUUGAGAUUCUAAAAGUCAUGACACACUGACAAACCUGUUUUAAUGACAUUAUUUGCACUAUUGCUCAAUGUUUCUUGUGCUGGUGGGUGACAAAAUAAUAAGGUGUCUUAGUAAGGUAUCCGAAAGCUGCCUGAAGCUUCAGUGUAUACAUGUUAGUCUCUGGAUGAACACCAUGCAUUGGCUAACAUAUCAGUCCAAAAAUCUCUGUAGGUUUUGGUGUUUGUGGAGGCCAUGAUUCACAUAAUUUUCAAAUGAACUGCUUGUGCUUUGUAUGGAAGCAUUUAUUCAAUUUCUCCCUUAAAUGUGUAGUUUAUUUUGUUGGCUUUGGACCUUUUGGGAGGUGAAGUGAUGCAGGGACUUGAUACUUGCAGGAGUUGCGACACACUCACACUGAUAAGGAUUUUAUUUUGAAAAGUACCAAAGGAAACGCUUCAUCUUAUUCUAUUUGGCUUGUUUGACGCUAAUGUGAAGGUGCAGCACCCCCCCAUCAUUCCUAUCAGAACUGCUGCUGCUGGGGUCCUGUAACUCUCUCUCUCUCUCUCUCCCUCUCUCUCUCUCUCUCUUCUCCUCCUCCUCCUCCUAUUCCUCCUCCUCCCAUCUGCUACUUUUGAUGGGGGGGUUGCAGCGGUGAAGUCACAGUGAUGUCAUUUUAGGAUGUGAGAGUCGCGCAAGGUGAGCUGGUUUUGCGGUGAGUGGUGUCCCCUCCACGGCCAGCGUUGCCUGUACAGAGGCGCGGAGCGGCGAAAGAUGAUCAUCGCCACCGGCACCAAUUCAAGCUCCGACGCGCUCUGUCCCUCUCCUCCUGCUCAGAUCCCGGGCUAUGGGGCCUUGAUCUGCCUUUAUCCCAAAAUAAGCCUUUACCACCACCAUGCCAAAGGACAAAAAAUCAGAAGAGUUGCAUUUUUAGGGCAGGUAACUUUGACCACGUGCCCCAAAGGUAAACUGGAUGGCCAUUGCGCAAAGGUGCCUCUACAGUAUGUCCAGCGGGGCCAGGACGCACUGGACGCUGCCAGCAGUUAUUGUACUGUGGACUUCUCUCUGGGGGAUCGUUUCAUCUUAUCCGAUUCCGAGCAGGACUAAUGCGACUUUAUUGGAAAAGAAGUGGGAGACCCUCUUCUCCCGCUCCUACCUGGGUAUAGCCGGGGGGAAAUCGGAGCUGAACUGGGAGAGUGACUAUUUGCAGGGCAUCAAAAGAGUGCGACGACUGUACUGCAACGUGGGCAUUGGGUUUCACCUGCAGGUGCUCCCGGACGGCAGGAUAAGCGGUGCACACAAUGAGAACCAAUACAGUCUCAUAGAGAUCUCCACCGUGGACCGAGGAGUGAUCAGCUUGUUCGGAGUGAGGAGUGAGCUGUUUGUCGCAAUGAACAGCAGGGGAAGGUUAUACGGAACGAGAGUCUUCGUGGAUGAGUGCAAGUUCAAGGAGACUUUGCUGCCCAACAACUACAACGCCUAUGAGUCUUUUGUUUACAAGGGCUUCUAUAUUGCCCUCAGCAAGCAUGGCCGCGUAAAGAGAGGCAACAAGGCCACCACCGCCAUGACCGUCACACAUUUCCUCCCGCGGCUAUGAGAGAAACUGUCAAUAACUCAGUACUUUGCACAUGUGGAUGUUCUUCCAGGUAACAUAGAAACACAUAGUCAUGAUGAUAUACACACCGAUGGACUGCGAAAGAAAACACAAAUAUUUAUUCUGUUUAUAUAUAUGUAUAUUUGGAUAGCUAUCUUUGUAUAUGUACUGUGCUGCUUAUUGUUUUUAUGGACGGGGAGAGUUGAAGCCUUUGCCUGUCUCACUUUACCUUGGUGCUUGCUGUAACUGAACUACGUGUCACUUCCUUUUUUGAGAUGGAGGAUGAGCUAUAUCCUGUGCUUUUAAAGAGUGAAAUGAAUACUUUUUAUUACCUCAAAGAACCACUUUACUAGAUUAAGGGAUGCAUGGACUUCUGCUCAAAUAUCUGCUAAGUUUAUCAUUUCUUUAAAACCUUUGAGCGCUUGACGGCUCCCUGCUCGAUUAUCGAUGUCCAGCAGUGGGGGAAACUUAAAUGCACUACCUUUGCUGCACGAUUUAAAGGUGCCUUGGUGUUCCCACUUGUGGCCCCCUUAAACUUGCAUGUAAGAGACACCCGCUGGAGUCAGAAAUAGGGCUGACACUCCGGAGAGGGCCUCAGAGAGGGGGGGUUGACUAUCUCUGGUUUAUUUUCUUUUCUGUAAUUAGAUCGAUUAAGUAAUAUACAAUCUGUGGUCGAGACCAGAGAGCGGUCAGCCAUAGAGACUGGCCCGAGGCCAUAGGUUUGACUGUGUGGCAUCGCCAGCAAAUAAACAGGGUGGAAUACUAAUCUAUCUGAGCAUGGAGAACAUUCUGGUUUGGACUUGGCUGCACAAGAAUAGACUGAACGGAUAGCUAGCAAGCGCACAGUAGAAAUGUACCUGCACAUUGUCUUGGACAGAGCUCCUGCAGUAAAGCGGGUUGCUGUUUCUGAAUCGCAAAGCUUUAGCUGCUGCUGAAAAUGAUGUCUACUGUCCAUGAAAAACCAAUGAAUAACGAUGUAAAUAGUUGCAAAUGUAAAAGAAGAAUUCAGGAGCUUUUUACGCUGCUUUGUCGCAGUUGCCUGUACGAGGCAAAAAGAGUUCAGGUUGCACAGUUAACCAUCGAUGAUGGUGCCUAAAUGUUUUGGUAAGAAUCGUUCCCAUGUGUUGGUCUCUUAAUUUAUCUUUGUGCGUUCGGUGGAGUAUGCACGUGUCCUGGGCCAUUUCACCCGCUAGUCUGUGUGCUCUGCAGCAGCACUGCAGUGGCAGCGAGGUGUUGGGAGCUGGAGGCAGAUAGUUUUAAAUGUAAUUAUGGAUGAGGCAGUCGGGUCCCCCCGAAGGACUAAAGGACAGUGCAGUUGAUGGACUGGAUGCACGCUAUAAGAAAUGCCGUCACUUCUGUUGAUAUUUAUCCUGAUUUUAUACAUUUGAGACAUGGGCAUGAAGGGAGCACCCUGUUAAUAUAUAAUAGGGUAUUCAGUUUGUUUACAAAGCUGAAGAUGUACCAUGCUUGGGACACUUAUUGAUAUUGUGUGAACCAAUAUAUAGUCAAUAUCUUGUUACAUAUUCCAAGGAUGCUUUUCUUGCUUCCCCCAGUUUCUGAGAAUCUUACAGCGUGCAUCUACUUGUGUAGCUUCAGCAGCUGUUUACUUGACAACCUGAAAUCAGCCUCCAUUCGUUCUUGCAUUUAGAGAGGAAGCAGGACUAUUUAAAUCCAGGAAAGACGUAUGCUAGGGAGCCGGCCCGCUGUCUUUGUUGUUCGUCAGACCCCCUGCAGGAAUGUGGAUCUUCCAGGAUGACAGGCAGCCUCCCACAUACCCCUGAGCUCUGUCACCCCCAACCACCCACCUCUGCCUGUCCCUUACCCCCCUUACCCGCUGCAGGCAGGGACCUUGGGAUUCCAGCUGUAACCCAGGAGCUUCCUCCUCUCCUUUCAGCCUUUUUUAGUUCAAGGUCAGAGUCACAGACCAGCCUUGGCCCCAACCCCAGUGGCCGGGGUGGUCGGCUAUAUGGGUCAUACUGUUUCCAUGAAAUUGGGAUUUAAAGUGUCUUUUUGACACAGGAAACACUUUAUUUUAUGCCCGAGAGUUGCUCUCCAACUGACUGGUAGCUAUCAUAGUUCUUUUUUAAAACAAUCCCACUUCCCCUUUCCGAAUUUAGAGCCCCACCUCUUUGAAAUGCAGCUCCACAACACGCCGUCCCCUCCCCUUUCCAAGUACUUGUGUUGGGAUAUUUCUGGGGAGGGGACAUCUGCAGAGUUAAUGCAGUGUGUGAGGAGCAGAGUCACGCAGAGCCUCACCUCUCCUGCUGCACUCCAGCCCUGCAGGACGGCAACCUCAGCCAUCCUCAGGACGUGCCCUCUACUGCUGUUGCUGCUGCUACUGCUGCUGCUGGACACUGCCCCGACCCCCAAACAUCUUCUACCACAUACUGACACAGUAUCACCUGCUGCUCAACUGUCUAUGACACACAGAUUGAUUCAUAACAGUAUUUUACUCACAGUUAAAUAUCUCACUCUUUCUCUUUUUUCCCCCCAAGGACUUUUUUUUUAUGCCGAGAUGCAACACAGCAGAGCUAAUGUAUCGGGAGCUUAGCUAAAAAGACUUGUUGCUGUUGUAGAUGAGGCUGCAUGAAAUACUACUCAUUUCUUGUUGGGAGUAAAUCGUAGCAUACAAAAUCCACAGUUUCAGCAUUUUCGGCUGUGGAAGGCGUGGAAGUGAACUUUGCGCAUGCACAGCAAUGAGCACUUCUCGUGCCCGCCUCACAGUCAAGAUGUGUGGCGUCUCUAGCAGCACCUUAUUAACAACAUCUUGAUUAUAAGCUAGCCUAAAGAAGGGAGUUUUCUCACAUUUUUUUUCUGUCAAGAAAUAGAGCUGGAUCCCUAAAAGAGUAAAGGUCUGUGUCUAAAACAAAAAGCUCACCUUUCAGCUUUGACCAAAAAAUUUUAUCCAGAGUUAUCUGUCGUCUCUUUUCUUUCCACAGCAUAUCAUAGAUCAAAUUUAAAUUAAUUUUAAGGUGAGGAAUAUCUUUUUUUUUAAAUAAUGUUUAAUGUACUACUAGCAUGCCUGAGCCCCAAGCUUAAUUAGGGGUGUGUGCUUCAUGUGUUUUUUUUGUUUUUAACUCCUGCUCUACAAGGGAGUGAGCCUCCACUCUAUUCCUCUCAUCUCUGUUCUCAUAUACCUCACCCUCUGCCUUAGUUUUGGUUUGCUGAUGAGUGUAAAUUAAGACGAAACAAACUUCAGUUAUUUGUUUCGGAAAAACAGACAAUGCUAAGUAAGGAUAUUAAAGUUUUUUCCUUUUAUUUUUGUACGUAUGUGCUGUGCACAGCAGUCUACUGUAUUCCUGAGAUAACAAUAAAAGUUUUUUUUUUAA